CUGAGGCGCUGACAGCUCGGCGUGUGCUCGGGACCAUAGCGGCUUAUAAAGAGGAGGCGGCCCCGGGGCUGAGGAUCCGCAGCUCGUGCAGCACCUCGGACAGAUCCGCCGCGGCCAGUGCCCAUACCCGCCCGCAGACAUGCCCAAAGGCUUCCUGGUGAAGAGGAGCAAAAAGUCCCCGCCCGUGUCCUACCGGGUCCGGGACGAGGAUGAAGAGCGCGGGGAGUGGAUGCUGCUGGCCGCCGCUGUGUCCGGGCAGAGGCCGCCGCUGUGCACGGCUACAGGAGGCUUUCCAGCCCCGGCCAGUCCUGACCGUGCAGCCCCCGCUCCUUCCUGCAGCCCCCGGCCGCCUCCAGCCGGGCAGUACGGCAACCCUGACUCCGUGCAGCCCUCUCUGUCCAGCCCGACCCGCCCGGUGAGCCGAGAGUACCUGGACCGCAGCUUCAGUCUGGGCUCCCCAGUGUCUGCCGAGUCCUUCCCGGCCGUGGUGACCUCCAUGGAGCCGCAACUCUACCUGCCCACCGACCUGAAGCUGAGCUCCUCGGGCAGCCUGCCGCCCGCCUCCUCCUCCUCCGCGGGGCCCCCCAAGCGUCCUGCCGAGCCCCAGAGCAAGAUGAGCGGACACCCGGCCCACCCCAAGCCGCCCGCCGCCAAGAAGACCAAAGCCAUCCGCAAGCUGACCUUCGAGGACGAGGUGACCACAUCCCCGGUGCUGGGGCUGAAGAUCAAGGAGGGUCCGGUGGAUCCCCCCCGCAGCUCCGGGCACAAGCCCCUGGGGGAGUUCAUCUGCCAGCUGUGUAAGGAGGAGUACAGCGACCCAUUCUCCCUGGCCCAGCACAAGUGUUCCCGCAUCGUGCGGGUGGAGUACCGCUGCCCAGAGUGUGACAAGGUGUUCAGCUGCCCGGCCAACCUGGCAUCACACCGCCGCUGGCACAAGCCUCGCCCCCCGGCCGUCCCCAGCGCCCCCAAAGACGAACAUCUCAGCGACCGCGACACCCCGAGCCCCGGCGCCUCCGAGUCCGGCUCCGAGGACGGUAUGUACGAGUGCCCGCAGUGCGCCAAGAAGUUCCGCCGCCAGGCCUACCUGCGGAAACACCUGCUGUGCCACACCGCCGAAGAGCUGCUCUACCCGGAGGACAGGCGGGCCAAGAGCCCGGGGCCCAUCAACCUGAGCAGCAGCUCCGAGUGCCACCCGUGCCCGGUGUGUGGGGAGACCUUCCCUGGUAAGAGCAGCCAGGAGCGGCACAUCCGCCUGCUGCACUCCUCCCAGCUGUUCCCCUGUAAGUACUGUCCUGCCACCUUCUACAGUUCGCCCGGCCUCACCCGGCACAUCAACAAGUGCCACCCGUCCGAGAACAGGCAGGUCAUCCUGCUUCAGGUGCCUGUGCGCCCAGCCUGCUGACCAGCCAAAGACCAGUGUGGGGAGGGGGUCACUGCCAGCCUGCCAGGCCCAGUGCAGGACACGGGAGAAGAGGGCAUGGCCCAGCCCUUCCAAAGGGACAUAUAUGCCAGGCUGAUGAUGCCCGCUCAUGCCACCACCAUUGGACUGCUGCCAAACAAUGGCCCUGACCACUGUGGCCUGAAGAGAACUGUGCCUUUCCCAAUGCCACCCCAUGCUGCCACCCUGCCAAAUUCAGACACAACCAGAAGCAGUCAUAUAGGUUGAAGUGCAUUAAAAUGUGGUUAUUGUGCUUUAAAGUGAGACAGCCAGUCACGCAGGGCAGAGAGCGCUAUGGGUAGACUUGUACCAAUGACUGUGCCCACCUGGUAAGGGAGGCAGCACCUCUGUACUAAAGCAAUAAUGUUCUCCAGAGAACACCACUGAGAAAUGGUACAGCACUACAGACAUUUCCGCUGCCCACCCUAGUAUGGACGCUUUGCCCUGUCCUAGAGCUUGGCACUGCCCCUCCAGCCUUUACAGGGGGGACAUUAUUGCUUUCCUGCUGUGCUGCCUCCCGCUCAAUCACUAGUGAUGCAAACAUGUGAUAGUGUUGUCUCUCUGUGUCUGCUCCUUCAUGCCAUGGCACCGGGCCUGGCAGCAGAAUGUAAGUGUAGCUGUUCUGUAGUCUUUUCUGUUGUAGGACGACACGACACAAGACGUCACAGUGUUCAUGGUAUGUGCGUAACUCGUGUAGGGUGGGCGCCUUCUACUUUCCUUGCCAGCUUUGCCCACUCUUCUUGUAGACAGGGGUCUUUCCUGUGAUUGUUGUCCCCGGCUCUUGUCUUGUUGAUGGUGUUUCUGUCUGGAGUCCACACUGCCUUUCGUUCCCAGCCUGUCCCUGACAUGACUAUUAGCUUUAUAAUGGCUGGUGAAUGCCGCCCCAUCCUGUCUAUUUCUCUAUAUUUUCUGUGAACAAAUCUGUUAUUAGGAUGCGGGAGAGGGAGACCUUGAUUUAGUCUUUAGCCACAAAUGCCUUGUCUCAUAACUUUGUAGAAGAAAUGAUAAACUUGCCUUGUAUCACUAUGACCAGUCAUCACCGCCAUUGCUGCCGCCUGCCGGGUGCUUACACUAACUAUCCAAAUGUAUAUGUUAAUUUUAUGAUUAAUUAUGUUUAUUUAUUCCUUUAUUUAUUGAUGUGAAUGACAGAUGUGACUAUUAUUUGAUCACGCUUUUAUUAGAGUGUUUUGUUUUUCGGUAUAACAUUCCGGAUUGCAACCUCGUUAUUUUUUCAUUUUUUUGUUGUUUUAUUUAUUGGUCUUCUUUGUUUUCUACACUGACAGCUCUAUAGUGAAGGGUUGCACCUUUCUACAUUCCUAAACAAAUGGCUAUUUCCAUUCAUUGUGCUUUAAGGGGCAGACGGCUCUUUUAAACGGAUAGCUCUUAAAUGUCUAGAAGCAAUCUCUUUUCUACAUACAAUAUUUUCUUAUCUGCUAGCUAUUUAUAGAGAGCUUCAAUAGAACUGUUUCGACUGUGUAACAAUUUGCUAUUCAAAUAAAAAUAUU